AGCUCCAGGAGCAGGAAUCUUGUUUGUCCAGAAGAACUCACCUGACGACCGGCCGGCGCCUCCUCCUGCAGCUCAUUCUCCGACACUGAGGAAGGAGAGCUGCUUCACUCCGACAGAGACGAACACACGUCUGCUCGGAAACGCUUCGCUCUCCGGCCGCGCACAAAGCCUCUUCACCAUGGGGAAGAUUGGCAAGGAAGUGGCAGGUCAGAUCAUCAGCUUCAUUGGCAUGGUCGGGGUGGCGGUGAGCCUGGGCAUCCCCAUGUGGAGGGUGACCACUUACGUCGGAGCCAACAUCGUGACGGGCCAGAUCGUGUGGGACGGCCUGUGGAUGAACUGCGUGAUGCAGAGCACGGGCCAGAUGCAGUGCAAGCUGAACGAGUCGGUGAUGAAGCUGUCCCCGGAUCUGCAAGCCGCCCGAGCUCUGGUCAUCAUCUCCCUCAUCUGCGGCUUCAUCGGCUUCUUCAUCAGCUUCAUCGGAGCCCGGUGCACCGGCUGCCUGAAGAAAGAGGCCUCCCAGGCCAACGUGGUGAUCAUCAGCGGCUGCCUCAUCAUCCUGGCCGCCGUCCUGAUCCUCAUCCCCGUCUGCUGGUCUGCCACCAUCACCAUCACAGACUUUCAGAACGUCUUGACCCUCGAGACGCAGAAGAGGGAAAUCGGAGCGUCCAUCUACAUCGGCUGGGGCUCGGCGGCCCUCCUCCUGAUCGGGGGGAUCAUCCUGACCACCUCGUGUCCUCCUCAGCAGCCCAUGUAUGGAUACCAAGGCUACCCACCUGCACCAGGGUACCCGUACACAGGCCCAGGGCCGAACCCAGCCAUGUACGCACCCGUGUACGCGCCCCCGUCCAGCCGACCCUACACAGGGACGGGGUCGUAUGCACCCACCAAACCCUACGCUGCCCCCCCCACAUACGCUCCUAGAAACUACCAAUAGAAGACUUCAAAGAAACCACGACAGCAGCACAAACAGACUUUGUAUUUAGAGAUCAGUAGGGUUUUCCAAUAACCUGUUGGAAUAAAUUCACUCCAUCAACGUUUGUUUAUUGUGAAUCUUUGAUGAAAUGUUUUUCUGUUUUUCUGGAUUCCUUGUGCUCUGAGAGAAAUGUUGCAUCAACAAGCUUGUGUUUGCACUGAGGCUGGAGGAGCUGUUUAGCAGUUAAUAUAUUUAUUUACUCGUCAUACAGAGAAUAUUUUGUACGUAUAGUGAUGACUUGUGAUUUGUGAUGUGUUUGUUUGAUGAAAAUGAUUUCAAUAAAACGUUUUGAGAAUA